GCAACUACUCUUCAAUUCCAACUCCAUUGAUUCCACCAAAACCCUAUAAAACUCCAAUCUUUCUUUACUUUUCCUUCACCACCAAAGCAUCAAACAUUCUUUGAUUCUCCAUUUAAGGAAAACACAGAAGAUUAAGCCUCAAGGAACAAAUCAAGAAAGAUGAAGAACGAAUCCACCAUCAUUGAUGUCCCUGCAGAAUCAAGCUCAGCCAUGAAAGGCAAGGCUCCUCUAAUCGGUGUGGCUAGAGACCACACUACAAGUGGCUCAGGUGGAUACAAGAGAGGUCUCUCAAUCUUCGACUUCCUCCUCCGUUUAGCUGCCAUUGUUGCAGCAUCAGUCGCCGCUGCAACGAUGUUUACAAGCGACGAGACUCUUCCCUUCUUUACACAGUUCUUACAGUUCCAAGCUGGCUACGACGACCUACCAACUUUCCAGUUCUUUGUGAUUGCCAUGUCCAUGAUUGCAGGAUAUCUCGUCCUAUCUCUUCCUUUCUCCGUCGUCACCAUCGUCCGCCCUCUCGCCACCGCUCCAAGACUCCUCUUGCUUGUUCUUGACACUGCGGCUCUGGCGUUCAGCACGGCGGCUGCAUCAUCGGCGGCAGCGAUAUCGUAUCUAGCACACAAUGGAAACCAGAACACGAACUGGCUCCCCAUUUGCCAACAGUUUGGAGACUUCUGUCAGAAAACCAGCGGGUCUGUUGUCUCAUCCUUCGUUGCCGUCGUCUUCUUCGCCAUGCUCGUCGUCCUCUCCGGUGUCGCUCUCAAGAGGCAUUAAUCAAACUCUUAUAAACAAAAUAUGUGUUCAUUAUUGCAAAACUAUAUAUAAGUCAUGUGUGUAAAUUACUCAUCCCGCCUUUUGUAUCUUGUAUUAAUCUUUUUUUUUAUUAUGGAAAAAUGAAAGUGUGAUUGUAGCUCUGCUUUUGUGAAAAAUCGAUAUUAUUUCUCAACUUCAUCUUCUUUGAUGUUUUA